CUUCUAGCAGCUGCGCACAUGACAGUCAGCUGGUCGAGGUCACGUGAUCAGAACUUUGCGGAAAAGUAAAUGAAGAUGGCAGAGUGGAGUCCGCGGUGUUUAAUGGCGUUUAUCGCCUUUUUAUUCUCCUUCUUCUCUUCAGGGAGCUUCACAGCACAAGUACCGGUGAUCCUGUGGUCCAGUGAGGGAUUACCAGCCCUGGCUCCUCCUGCAGCCGGUCACAUCGUGUCCACAGACCAGCUGACUGCCUACCUCACCUCUGCCUUUGGCUCUGACCCCCGCACCGUGCUGCUGUUCCUGCAGGACAAGUUAAGUAAAGAUGACUUCACAGUUUUCGGCGGAGUGUUUGGAAACAAACAGGAUAGUGCCUUUAAAAAUCUUGAGGCCGCACUGCAGUCUGCCUCCUCUUCAGUGACUCUUCCUGCUUUAGAGUGGUCGGGCAUCUCUGCCAUCCCAGCGCUGCUGCAGGAGGAGCUGGGUGUUUCUCCUCUGCUGGUAGACGCAGACACUCUGUCACAUCUCAGCAUUAACUCAUCCGCAAAUAAUCUGCUGCUCUUCAAUCUGCCUUACUGCACCAGCGCACAUAAGUCCUGCAAGGAAGUGCUUCAUGAUAAUGACGAGAUUAUUGGCAACGUUCUGACUAUUAUGAAAGCCAAAGAAGUCCCAUACACCGCAGUUUACACAGGAUCCCAGCCAUCACGGGUGAUUACAGAGACAUCCAUGUCCAACCAGCCUGCUGGGCGCGCCUUGCUCCAAGCAGUAGCACCUGAAGUCAAACCUCCAAUCAUGUUCAAUGAAACCGGAGGCCCCUGCAUAAUGCUCUGGGCUCAGAACCUCAACAUCAGCCUCUCAAGCACCGGGGCUUGGAUCGACCUCGGUGCAGACACGCCUACACUGACCGGCUCCCUGUGUAACAACAGUAACUCCAUGCUUGUCCUCAACUAUGCAACAGGCUAUGUUCUAAGUUUCACCAUGGCUCAACGGUUCUUCCCUGUGUCUGGACGGAACUGGUUCACCCUGGACUCGGUGCAGCUUCAGGUGAACGGUGUGACCGCAUCUUUCAGCGGAAGGCGUGGCAUCUACGCCCCUGUGGAGUAUUCCUUCCACUGUCAGUCUGUCAGCAGCUUCGGAGACGCUCUGCUCGUGCAGAACAGCACCAGCGCGAACGCCUCAACUUGGAGGCUCAACUUUGUCGACUUCCAGAUUCAGGGCUUCAGUUUGGCGAAUGGAACAAACUUCUCCUACGCCAGUGACUGUGCUGGCUUCUUCACUGCAGGGAUUUGGAUGGGGCUGCUGACGUCGCUGCUCAUGUUGCUCAUUUUCGUGUACGGCCUGCACAUGAUCAUGCAGCUGAACACUAUGGAUCGAUUCGACGACCCCAAAGGUCCAUCGAUUUCAGUGCCACAAUCUGAGUGAAGUGCUUCCAAACCCACUCACUCCUCAGUCCUUCAAGAGCCCCUCCUUGUCAGUUCACUUUUAAAUAUUUGGACCCUUUCUCUGAUUUUUUUUCCCUCUUGUAGUUUCAUCUCCUGAAUCCCUUCCCCCAGCUGUCUUGAGAUACUGUUUUCAUGCAAGAGACAUUCCAUAUCAUACCUCUUCAUCCGCAAGUGCCAGAAUAGAAGCACCUUUUGUACUGCAUGUGCUAAAAGAUGAAUUUGUGCCACAUUUGAACGGACAUUGUGGAUGUUUUCCCUUGAAAACAUUCUGCAGUAACAUGUCUCCUCAGAGAACGCCCUCUGUGCCAAGGUGAAUGUGUUGCCGGAUGCUGUAGGACCGUCUCAGACCUCAGUUUUUACAUGUUCCCACUGAACUGUAAUUUAAAGACUACUGUUAAUGAAAGAAGUGCCUGUGUGUAUAUAUAAAGAGUAGAUUGCUGUUAUGAAUGUGUUUGGACAGAAGUAUGCUAAUACUUUCCUUGGACUUAAUUCAGUUUCACUCCUCCAAAGACAAAUCUCUGAGUGCCACCUCUUCAGUAAGGUUAUUUCUUGAUGAGUUAUUUAUUUGUUUCAUUUUUUUUUGGGUGUAAUCUCCACUGAAGGCUUACCGCUUGCUUCAGGUUCUUCUACAAAUUUAAAGCUCCUGUGAGGAACUUUCAUGUUGUAUUGAUUUUAGCAACUCCUAUCGAUUGUACCAUCUCAUCAGUGCUGAUUUAGUCAUGCUCAUGUUUUUUAAAGUUAGGUUUUUUGGGCAUUUUUUGCCUUUAAUGGACAGGACAGCUGAAGAGAGACAGGAAAUGUGGGGAGUAGAGAGAGGGGGAAGACGUGCAGCCUGCGACCAGGACUGUUGCCUAUUUACCUGGGGCGCUUAGACCGCUAGGCCACCAGCACCCCCAUGCACAUGUUUAAGUAGAUUUUUUCUCUUUUAAUUUAAAAGGAAUCUAAUUCUACCCCACAGCAGAGGUGGCUGGCAUGUAAAUGAACUAAAUAGAAGUAAUCAGUCUUAUUUUUGAAGGACUUUUGGCUGAUUUUGAAGUCCAUAAGAGGGAUUAAAUUGUUAUAAAACAUACUGAAAACUCUUCACAGGAGCUUUAAUGUCAGUGCCUCUUUUCUGUGUUUGCCAAACUUGUGAAUGUGCAUUUGCCGCUGUCUUUAAUUGAAAAUAAAGAUGUUUAAAUUGUGA